GCACUUUUUGGGCCAAGUCCUGUGUGAUCCUUCGUUGGUGCCUUGGGCGGAUGCAUGAGUAUACGGGUCGGAUUGUUAAGCAGAGUUACACAGCAGUGUUAGUGGCAGCUGUGGCGUUCGGGAGAAGCUCGGCAGACAACCUUGGUUUCUUUUGACGUCGCCUCCGCGCCUCGACGCACGAAUGAACUGGGAACGCGUCGCGCAAUGCCGAGUCGUUUUCAACACGAUCCGGUCCAAGGCCCCAGUUGAUGCUUGGCGUUGACGUUGAAUCCGUUACGCAGACGGACAACGUAUUACAGGAUCGGGCCGGCAGAGAAUGCAGCGGUGGCUGCGUUGAUGCGACAUUGAUCCGACGCGACGCGACCGAAGUGCCAUCGCCGUCCCGCGCAGCCAGCUUCUCCGCCGCUGCCCGCCAUGCCGUCCCCAAGACGUCUCCGUGUGCUCGUGUACCUCGUCUUUGCCGGCUUUGUUACCCUGCUCUUCUUUACCUCGCGGGCCCGGCACGCGCGAGAGGCCGACACACGGUCGCUGCGAGACUUCUACUCCAAAACCGCAGCCGCGAUCGACAAGGCGCACGGCGAGACGGUGAUGGCGAAGCACGAUGUGGACGCGGACGGGGACAUCGAUGCCGACGACGACGUUCUCGCCAGGGAGAUGGCCGCCCGGCUGCGGCAGGCCGAGCAAAGGGCGAAGGACAGCGCCGAGGCCAAGGGACCAAGCAAGCCGGACCCACCCGAAAAGGUGAUCGGCGUGGGGAGCGCCGCGAAAGGGCAGGAAAGGGGCGGUCCCAAGGCGAAGGCCGAAGUCGAGGUCAAAGAAUCUGAGGAGGAGGACCCUGAAGUGGAGGUGCAGCUGAACGAUAUCCUGAAGAAGGCUCCAGUGAUCAUCUUUUCCAAAUCAUACUGCCCAUACUCGAAGCGGGCGAAAGGCAUCCUGCUCGAGAAAUACGUCAUCGAGCCUACGCCCUACGUGGUCGAAUUGGACCUGCAUCCGCUGGGGCCAAAAAUACAGGCAAGGCUCGGCGAAAUGACGGGAAGGAAGACGGUGCCGAACAUCAUGGUUUACGGCAAAAGCAUUGGUGGCGGCGACGACAUUGCUGCUCUGGACCGGGAGAAGGCCCUCGCCGACAAGAUCACGUCGCUCGGGGGAAGCCGCGUCCAGGUGUCUGAGCGCUUUGUCGGAAGUUCGCAAAAGAAAGACUAGCCGCCCCGCCGUUAAACUCUGGCUCGCCCGACGCAGGCCUGCCGAUGCAAGGCUUGGCCGUGUCCUCUGUCCGACCUAGGAC